AUGAUGAUUGUAGUAGAUCAAUCAAAACCAACAAUAAUACCAAUGCAGAAAGAAGAAGAUAAUGAAAAUUCGACAAUAACAACAAAUAUAACCGUUAAAACACGUCCACGUACGUCACAAAAACAUUAUCGAAUACAUCCAGAUUCUCCAAGUACUACGGCAACUACUCUCAUCGUUAAUAAUGAUCAUAAUGGAAGAAUCAUACAACAACAACCAGGUGAAGCUGACCAAGAAAAUAAGAACUAUAUAAAAAUGACUUUAAACGAUAAUAAAUCUAGUAAGCAAACUGAAGAAAAAAAGAUAAAAGAGACUGAAAAACCGCAACAUGUUCAGAUUGAUACAACAAAACUAAAAAAACAGUCUACUAUUAAUAAUAAACUUCAACAACAACAAUCAUUACAUACAGUUAUUAAUAUGCCAGACUCAUCAGGAUCAACGACAAUCUCUGAAAAAAUUGAGAAAAAUCAUAUUGAUAAAAUUAAAAGUGAUAAUCACAAUAGCGAUAUAUCACUUACAAAUUCUGUUCAGUUAAUUCUAUCCACAUCGUCGUCGUCGUCAUCCUCUUUACCGUCGCGUAGUUCUAGUCAAUCAGCAGCUCCAAUGAUAUCAACAAAAAAUUUAAAACCAUCUUCAUCUUAUUAUCCUCGUAAAUCAAUCGAUCUUGAAAUUCAUAAUGUACAAAAUGAAGUGCAUCAUACAGAUAAUAAUGAUGAAAUACUACCAUCAUCUAAUUUAUUUCUAAGAAAUUUUAAUAUGAGUGCGUUUAGAUCACCUGCACCAUCAUCUGCUAAUCAAGCAAACCGUUUCCUACAAGCAUUAACGGGUACCGUUACCAGUCCUUUGAUACAUAAUGAAACUAGGAGUACAGAUACGUCGAAUGUAACCGAUGAUAAUAGUACACUAUCAGAAAACGAGUGUGAAAUUUGUUGUACAUCAUUGACGAAUAAAAAUCAUGAAAAAUUAAAUAGUUGUUCACAUGUAUUUUGUCAUAAUUGUUUAACAAAAUAUAUGACAGAUAAAAUAAAAAAUGGUAUUGCAAAUUUAGAAUGUCCACAAAAUUCAUGCAGUGAAAAUAUACAUCCAGAAGAUAUUAGAAGAAUAUUACAAAAUGAUGCCUUAUAUAAUCGUUAUGAAUUAUUUAUGUUAAGACAGGUAUUACAAAAAAUGCCUGAUUGUCGAUGGUGUCCGUAUCCCGAUUGUACAUACGCUGUUUUAUCAGAGAACACUCGCAAACCAGUUAAAUAUGAAUGUCCGGUUUGUAAUCGACUAUUUUGUGGUCGAUGUGGACAAAUAUGGCAUGAAAAUCAAACUUGUACAGAUGCAUCAGCUAAACGAGCUGCUCUAGAUCCUACUCUACAAAUGUUAAUGAAAUCAAGUGCAACAGGAGGAAAAGUUCGACCAUGUCCUCGAUGUAAAUCGCCUAUUGAAAAGUUGGACGAUGGUAGCUGUAAUCAUAUACGUUGCAGCGUUUGUACUUGUGAAUUUUGUUGGCUUUGUAUGAAUGAAGUAGAUAAUUUACACUUUAUAACUCCAACCGGUUGUACAUUUUAUGGAAAAAGUCGAUGGUCAAAACAAAAAGUAUUUUUAUUUCUAAUAUUAUGUUGGUUAUUAACACCACCAAUAACUAUUCUUGUACUUCUUAUUGCUAUUCCAAUAUUAUUGUUUACAAUUCCGUUGAUGUUAACGAAAAAAUUUUAUCAACAUACCGUUGAAAUAAAUGUAAAUAAACCGAAACGCGUUUUUUUAUCGAUAAUUGUGUUAUUAUUAACUUUCUUAAUUACACCAUUACUACUUGUUUUAGCAUUGUUAAUUGGUAUUCCAAUGCUAAUAUUUUUCAUUUAUUUUUAUAUGCCACGAAGAUUUAUAACAGCAAAUUUUUAG